AUGGCCAUGUGUAUAAAGAAUAUUUCAACUCUUAUCAUACAUUAUUUUCUAAUAUAUUUUGGAAUAAUUAUUUCAUUGGAUGGUGUCACGUCGGGGAAUUGGGUAUUUGAUCUAUUAACUUUAAGUCAUUUGAAAAAACAAAAUUCACCAUCAUAUACACAUGAACGUUACAUUAGUCAAAUGACAAAUUUUCCUGAACCAAUUAACUUAAUGUAUUCGUCAAACUUCAUUAAUCAACCAGGACGUAAAUCAAUUCGAGCUAGUGGUACUGAAAUACACAAUCAACAGUCAGCAUAUUUAAGUCAACAUGACAACACACUGAAACCAUCAGGUUAUUAUCAUACAAUCCCUUCUGAAUCAAACACUUAUCCAGAAGAUGAUACUGUUCAUUCAUUUAUUCCAUUCGGUAGUACUAUUAAAAGUGAUAAUGAUCUUUCAGCUCAUGAAACAGGAAUAUGUCAUGCAUUGACUGGACUUACAAAUCGUCAACGUUAUAUCUGCUUGCAACAUUCUGGUCUUAUAUGGGCAAUGCUUGAAGGGACACAUUUAGGUAUGCAUGAAUGCGUUCACCAAUUUCAACAUGAACAAUGGAAUUGUUCUGCAGUUAAUUUAUUAUAUCGUUUACAUAUGAAAUCAUCAAGCUUACCGUCAAUACACGGUUUGGAAGGGAUAUUACAACGCGGUUCUAGGGAGACGGCUUUCCUUUCAUCUACUUGGUCAGCUGGUGUUGUACAGGCAAUAACACGUGCUUGCAGCCGCGGUCAAAUGGGGACAUGCGACUGUGAUCCAUAUCGACGUGAAGGUCAAGGUCAAGAUGCUGAAGGCGUAUUCACCUGGGUGGAUGUAGUGAUCCGAUAA